CCCCGCUCCGCCGCCAUGGCCGCCGCGCACCCGGGCCCCGCCGCGCCCGCCGCGCCCGCCCCGCCGCCUCCUCCUCCCGCCGCCGCCGCCGCCGCCGCUCCGGGCAUCCUCAUCGGCGACCGGCUCUACUCCGAGGUGUCGCUGACCAUCGACCACUCGCUGAUCCCCGAGGAGCGGCUCUCGCCCACCCCCUCCAUGCAGGACGGGCUGGACCUGCAGUGCGAGACCGACCUGCGCAUCCUGGGCUGCGAGCUCAUCCAGGCGGCAGGCAUCCUGCUGCGGCUGCCGCAGGUGGCCAUGGCGACGGGGCAGGUGCUGUUCCAUCGGUUCUUCUACUCCAAGUCCUUCGUCAAGCACAGCUUCGAGAUUGUUGCUAUGGCCUGCAUCAAUCUCGCGUCCAAAAUCGAAGAGGCGCCUCGUCGGAUAAGGGACGUGAUCAACGUGUUCCAUCACUUGCGGCAGUUAAGAGCAAAAAGGACUCCAAGCCCCCUGAUACUUGAUCAGAACUACAUAAACACCAAAAAUCAAGUAAUCAAAGCAGAAAGAAGGGUACUGAAGGAGUUGGGAUUUUGUGUUCAUGUCAAGCAUCCUCAUAAGAUCAUUGUUAUGUAUUUACAAGUCCUAGAAUGUGAACGUAAUCAAACCCUGGUACAGACAGCCUGGAAUUACAUGAACGACAGCCUCCGGACGAACGUGUUUGUUCGCUUCCAGCCGGAGACCAUCGCGUGUGCGUGCAUUUACCUCGCUGCUAGAGCCCUGCAGAUCCCGCUGCCUACCCGACCCCACUGGUUCCUGCUCUUUGGCACCACGGAAGAGGAGAUUCAGGAGAUCUGCUUAACAACUCUGAAGCUUUAUACCAGAAAGAAGCCCAAUUACGACUUUCUGGAUAAAGAAGUAGAAAAGAGGAAAAUGGCACUACAGGAGGCAAAACUGAAAGCAAAAGGUUUAAAUCCAGAUGGAACUCCAGCACUCUCAACACUGGGUGGCUUUUCUCCUGCGUCAAAACCAUCUUCCCCAAGAGAAGUAAAAGCAGAGGAGAAAUCUCCAGUGUCUGUGAAUACCAAAACCAUUAAAAAAGAGCCAGAAGAGAGGCAGCAAACCUCCAAGAGCCCUUACAACGGGCUGAGGAAGGAGAGCAAGAGGAGCCGCAGCAGCCGAAGCGCCAGCCGCUCCCGCUCCCGGACAAAGUCCCGCUCCCGCUCCCACAGCCCCCGCAGGCACUACAACAACCGGCGGAGCCUGUCGGGCACCUACAGCUCCCGCUCGCGCAGCCGCUCGCGCAGCCACAGCGGCAGCCCCCGGCGGCACCACAACCACGGCUCGCCCCACGCCAAGGCCAAGCACGGCCGCGACGAGCUCAAGGGCAGCAGCAGGCACGGCCACAAGCGGAAAAAGUCCCGCUCCCGCUCGCAGAGCAAGUCCCGGGAGCACUCGGAGGCGGCCAAGAAGCACCGGCACGAGCGCGGCCACCACCGGGAGCGGCGCGAGCGCUCGCGCUCCUUCGAGCGCUCCCACAAGGGCGGCAAGCACCACGGCAGCGGCCGCUCGGGGCACGGCCGGCACCGCCGCUGAGCCCCGGGGCUGCGGGGCUGGGCCGGUACCGGCACCGAGCCCCGGGACUGCGGGCCUGGAACCGGCACCGAGCCCUGGGACUGCGGAGCUGGGCCUGGAACCGGCACCGAGCCCCGGGACUGCGGGGCUGGGCCUGGAACCGGCACCGAGCCCUGGGACUGCGGGGCUGGGUCAGCCCUGGCACCGGCACCGAGCCCCGGGACUGCGGGCUGGGCCUGGAACCGGCACCGAGCCCUGGGACUGCGGGGCUGGGCCUGGAACCGGCACCGAGCCCCGGGACUGCGGGGCUGGGCCUGGAACCGGCACCGAGCCCUGGGACUGCGGGGCUGGGCCUGGCACCGAGCCCUGGGACUGCGGGCUGGGCCUGGCACCGGCACCGAGCCCCGGGACUGUGGGGCUGGUCAGCCCUGGCACCAGCACUGAGCCCCUCAGCCCGUCAGGUACCACCAGGGCUGCAACAACUUCAACCCUGUCUGGUUUCCUGAAAGGUGUAGAAGACUCUUUUUUUUCUCGUGGGAAAGAAACUGUUACCAACUUUUGCACAUAAUACCUUAGCAGUAUCCCAGCGGUGGCAAACGAUCAGGUUCACUGUAUGUAUUAGAGUUGUGUAUUGUUUAUUGAGCUGAGAACUGGAGAAAGGAUUUCUGUAAAAAAGCAAAACGUACAUUAUUUUUAUACCAGUCAAUUGCAGACGCUUAUAUUUAAGUAUAGUUAUUUGUUUAAACAUGGUGGAGACUUUCUUACACUGGUUUUAGUCUGCAUGUGUUCAAAGAUUUUUACAAAAAAUAAAAUAUAAAGCUUU